AUGACCAUCGAAAAGCCCAAUCCACCAUUCAAGCCAUCCAAUGGUGGACUGCAAAAGGAUGUGGGCGACACUGUGAAUCCAAGCAGAGUCCUUGACUACGAGAAGAUUGAGAAGACCAAGGACAUGGAGAGCAAAGACCACGAAGGUAAUCACAAGAAAGCGCACUCUAAGGAUAACAGCAUGAAGAUCACAACAAUUGCAGGAGACAACAAGGGAGCUAUAAUGGAGCUCAACCCCGCCAGCAAGAAACACGAUCCCCAAGGCAACUCCAACACAAUGGCGACCCCAUCACCACUCUUGAAUAUAUUUAUGAAUAGCAAUGUUCAAGCCGUUAACAACUCCAUUCUCGUGAACGCCUCUUGCACCAACCACGAGCCUGGUGUCCAUGUUUUUUUCUCUCGUGGUGGUGGCCGUGGACUGCAUCUCAAAGACUAUGGAGAUGGGCAAAAAUAA